AUGCCUUUGCCAAGACGCCGAUCCUCCAUCCUGGGCCAGCCUGCCUCAGAGCGCCCAGGCAGCGCGAGAAGAGUAAGUGUAGGCAGUGCCACGUCUCCCCGGGGUGUCUUUGUGGGCAUGAUCCCCUCAACCGACACCAGCUGCCUGGGUGCUCGCGUGUCCCGCAGGGCACUAGGCAUUAGCAGCGUCUUCCUGCAGGGCCUGCGCAGCACCAGCACCCCGGUUUUGCCCCAACACACAUGCAGGGGGCACCAGCUGGGCCCUGAGAGCCUCAACAGCUGCCUGCUGCAGUAUCAUGACAAGGUUCACGCUCUGGAGCAACUCAACCAGCAACUGGAGGAGCAGAUUCGCAACUGGCUGGAGCGCAAAGCCUCCACCGCUGAGACAUGGGACAGCCUCAGGCAUCAGUGGGAGGACGUCUACAGACGGGUGAGUGAAGCCAUCCUGGACAAUGCUCGCCUCAUGCUACAGACAGAAAACAUCCAAGCCAAUGCUGAAGAUCUCAAAGACAGGUUUGAAAACGAGCAGCCUUUCCGAAAGGCAGUGGAGGAGGAGAUCAACUCACUCUAUAAGGUGAUUGAUGAGGCCAACUUGACCAAGAUUGACCUGGAGAACCAGAUUGAGACGAUGAAGGUUGAGCUGACAGACCUGGACAGAAACCAUGAAGAGGAUGUAAGACUGUUGUAUAACCAGUUGGCUGGCAGCGAGAAUGACAAACCUGAUGCGCCCAUUGAGACCAGUCUGGAUCAUAUUUUGACUUAUAUCCGCUCACAUUGGGAAAAGGUCAUUGAGAAGACCAGGGCAGAGACUGACACCUAUCUGGAAAGCAAGCAGAUGGACAAUGUGAACAAAGAGCGGAGUCAGGAGGAGGCUGAGCUGGAGAAUCUAAAGACAGACUGCAAAGAUGCUAAUGCUAGGAUCCAAAGUCUGCAAGCUAAAAUAGAGUCCAUAAGAGCCCUGAAACGAGGCCUGGAAAACUCCCUGAAUGAUGCAAAGCACUGGCAUGAUAUUGAGCUUCAGAACUUGGGCUCUGUCAUUGGAAAGCUGGAUGCCGAGCUUAACGAUGUGAACGGAGACAUCGAGCAGCAACAGCACGACUAUCAAACUUUGCUUACCAACAAGAAGAGAAUGGAGAUGGAGAUCGGAAUCUAUCACGGUAUCAUGGACGGGGAGGAAAGCCGAUACCACCCUCAAAUGAGUAAAGCCGAUACUGCAACUGCAGAAGAAGGACCAGCACCUCAAGCUUCAAUGCCUGAACAACAAAGCUCCACACAGACUGAUGGCACUUCAACUUCUACUGACAACCAAGUGUUUAAAGAGAAAGAAAAAAAGAAGACAAAAUGAACUGUUCCCCACGUCCUGCAAAGCUUUUUGCAAAUG